ACCGGAGAUUACGUUUGAUUGUUUAUAUUUUCCCACAAUUUUAUAUGUAUUAUGUAAAAUGUGUAUUGUCUGAAUAAGGUUGGAAAGAUAUGAAUAAAGGGAAGUGUCUAAUAUCGUGUAACGUUAACCUUGUUCCGCGACAAACGUCGGAUAAAUAUUUUUUUAAAUCGCUGACCACGGACACGCGGGAAGAACGCGCGGAAACAGAGGACAUGACAGGAGGAUUGUUUGCUACAAGAGACCAGUUAGCUAGCAAGUAGCACGAAAACAUUUUAUUUCCAGUCAACAUACUUGGAUUAGUUGGUUGAGACAAUCCUAUCCCUCAAUAAUGGAGGAAUACAAGGAGAAUAUUCAAGACAAGGGUGACAAUGUGAAAUUGUCUUCUGAACCCGAGGAAGAUGACAAGUCUCGCAGCAAGGUGUGUAGCAACAUUAGCGAACCUGUCCCUCAAGCAUCUUCUACUCGUGGCGAGUUCAGUGAUCCUGUUUACAAGGAGAUUGCUCUUGCAAACGGACAUAUCAACCGCAUGAACAAGGAUGAGCUUCGGUCUAAACUGGCAGAGUGUAAGCUUGACACAAGAGGUGUGAAGGAUGUGAUGAAGAAGCGGUUGAAGAACUACUACAAGAAGCAGAAGCUGUCUUUGAUGCAGUCUGUGACAGAGGGUGGACCAACUGAUGCCUACUACGACUUCAUCUGUGUGGUGGACUUUGAGGCAACGUGUGAACAGGACAACCCCCUUGACUUCACGCAUGAAAUCAUUGAGUUUCCAAUGGUCCUGUUCAACACCCACACUUUAGACAUUGAGGACAGCUUUCAGGAAUAUGUCAGGCCAGAAGUCAACACACAGCUGUCAGAGUUCUGCAUAAAGUUGACAGGGAUAACACAGAAAAUGGUGGAUGAAGCAGACACGUUCCCUGACGUUCUUAAGCGGGUGGUGCUUUGGCUUCAGGAGAAAGAGCUUGGCACAAAAUACAAAUAUGCCAUUCUUACAGAUGGAUCUUGGGACAUGAGCAAGUUCAUGAACACCCAGUGUCGUUUAAGUCGGCUCAGAUAUCCACAGUUUGCAAAGAAGUGGAUCAACAUAAAAAAAUUCUACGGAAACUUCUAUAAGGUCCCUCGUACCCAGACCAAGCUGAGCAGCAUGCUAGAGAAGCUGGGACUUCAAUACGAGGGCCGCCCUCACUCUGGCCUGGAUGACUCGCGCAACAUUGCUCGCAUUGCGCUGCGCAUGCUGCAGGAUGGCUGCCAACUGCGCAUCAACGAGCGCAUGCAUGAAGGACAGCUGCGGACUGUGCCCAGCUCUGCCCCUGUGGAAGGAGCCCCACCCCCACAUAAUCCUCGCAGCAGAGUCUAGCCCUCCACCUCGACAUCCACAUUGGGGCCUUCAAGCAGGCAUCCAAUGUCUGUUUUACUCCCAUGACUUGAAAAUAAUUCAUUUUUACCUUUAUUUAACUAGGCAAGUCAGUUAAGAACAAAUUCUUAUUUUCAAUGACUGCCUAGGAACAGUGGGUUAACUGCCUGUUCAGGGGCAGAACGACAGAUUUGUACCUUGUCAGUUCGGGGGUUUGAACUUGCAACCUUCCGGUUACUAGUCCAACGCUCUAACCACCGGUUACUAGUCCAAUGCUCUAACCACUAGGCUACGCUGCCGCCCCAUUGCAUUUUUUCCCCCCACUCCAUCUGAGUCUACUUUUUGUCCCAAAUUGUGGGACUCUGUGGAUAGUUUUUUAAUUUUAUUAGUAGUGCCACUUACCACAAUAAAAAUGUUGUUUCUGCCUUUUGACAAGUUCUGUAGAUUUCCACACUAGCACUCAGACACGGUUUGCUACAAGUUUCUUUAAAGAAUAAUUGUUAUUUCGCUGGGCUUUUGUCUUUCAUAUUGUCUGAAAACAAAACAACCUUGCUGACCCUCAAAUUUACUUAACUGUGUCUUUUAGAGGCCUUGCUUCAGUUUUUAUUUUUUACAGCGCACGCCUGUGUACUUAUUGAACUUGAGUCCACUAAAACAGGUCCAAGAAAAUUGAGGAUAUGUUUGGUGUAAGCAAUGCACAAACUCGUGGGCUUAUAAUGUAUGAGCUAUUGUCUUAAACCAUUUAUAGUUUAAUACUAAUAAAUAUUUCCUUCGUUUUA